AUGAGACCAGCAAGAGGAAAGUCUAAUCCAAAGGCUCCAUUAGCUUCUUAAUAACUAGAAUUGGAAACAAAAAAAAUGGAAGAAAAGCUAGCCUAUUUGAAGGCAUAAAUGGAAGUAGAAAAAAAGAAAAAAGAAGAUUAAUUAAAAACAAGUGGAAGUAGAUGGAAGUCAUCUACAGCAGCAUAACCAAUUAAGAAUUAUGCUAAUAUGAUAAUUGAUGCAAAAAAAUCAAACGAGAAAACAACUAAAAUUGACUACGCUAAAAUGAACAAAGAAUUUGGUUAAAAAAUGGCUCAAAAAUCUUCAUUAAAAAAUACAAGUAGCAGUAUGUCUUCGAUACAAAGACCCUCUUCAAAUACUUAGUCUUCAAGACAAAAAGAAAACUAAAGCUCUAAUGAUUUAAAUAAAUCUCUUAAUGGGUCAUUCUAAUAAAGUAGCAGUAAAGGAAUGAUUGAGAGAAGAAGUUCAAAAGAUUCCAGCUAAAUAAAACAAAACAAAGCUAUUUUAACUCCUUUUUUAAAAUAACUCCUAGAAGAAACAAAUUUAGUAAAAUAUACAGAUGUGUUCUUAAGUAAUGGAUACUCUAAUGAGGAAUAAAUAAAAUAAAUAAAUACAGAUGCAUUAAAUAAAAUGGGUAUUCCUCCUGGAUUUUAAAUUAAAAUAAUGAAAAGGAUAAAUACUUUAAAUCUGAAUAAAAGUGUUGAUUUAAAUAACACUGAAUUAGCAAAAAAACCUUCAAUGAAUAAUAAUAAUAGUAUUACAACACCCAAAUCCGUAGCAUAGAAAUCUCUUUUAGAAGAAUAAAAAGUAAAUAUAUAAGAAAAAAAAAGCGAGUCUCCUAGUAAAUAAACUGAUAAUAAUAAUAAUAAGAUUGCAAGUAGACCUCCCUUAUUGAAGAAAUAACCAUCUCAAGAUUUAAAAAAAGUAAGAUUUUAAGAAAAAUCUCCUUAAAUAUAGCCUAAAAUAAAGUAAUCAACUGACAACACUGGUAAAUAGUUAUUUCACACAGAGUCAACAGCAACAGACGCUCAAACUCCUUCUGACUUUUUAUCUAAAAAAGUAAGCUGUUGGUAAUGCUACUCUAUUUUUGUUGAGGAAAAAGCUAUUUAAUAACACGGAAAGCUGUUUUGUAAAUAAGAAUGCCUUUAAACUUAUGAAGAUUUCUAUAUAGUGCAAUGUGCUAAUAAAAAUUGCUUAAAAAAAAUAAGCAAACAAGACUGUAGCUUUAGAGAGGGUAAUUGGUAUUGUCUAGGAAAAUGUGAGCCCAAUAUUUAGCAAAUAGAGCAAAUGUGGGAGGAAUAAAUUUAAUCUACAGAAAAAAUGGAAGGAGAAACUGAUGAAUAAUACUAUGAAAGAAAAAUCAAAGAGUUCGAAAACAUAGAUAAAAGAAAAAAAGUAGAAUAUGAUUUAAAGCUUUCUAGUGAAAAUGAAAAGAAAUCUAAAAUUUUAUCUCUUGAAGAAAUAGAAGCAAAAUAUAAAUUUAUAAAUGAAACCCAAAAUAUUGAUUGA